CUGCGCACCAGCCCCAACAUUUGUCGCUCCCGGAGCCUUGAUUAAUUCUUGGAGUCUGUUCAUCGGCACACAAUCUCCAUCACCAUGGUAUGUGUCGAAUCUCACCUCUCCCCCCCUCUCCCGUGAAGGCUAUCGAGCUUUCCGUUCUGAUCUACGUCAAUGCUCAGGCAAACUGACUUUUUUUUCUUCCUCUUCUUACAGGCUCAUCGUAUUGUCACUCAAGUCGUCGUCACGGGCGCCCGUGUCUUCGGCAAGGCCUUCGCAGAGGCCUACAAGCAAGCUUCCGCCUCAUCCCAGUACGCCAAGCAGACGGGCAAGAAGGUCGGUGCAAGCAUGUCUUCCGGAUUGUCUAUCGACGAGGCAUGCAAGAUUCUUAACGUCAAACCCCCACAAGGCGGCGAGGGCAACGUCGAGCAGGUAAUGGAGCGGUUCAAGAAGUUGUUCGACCUGAAUGAUCCUCAGAAAGGAGGCAGUUUCUACCUGCAAAGCAAGAUUCUUCGCGCACGGGAACGGUUAGAGAUGGAGUUCCGACAGGCUGAGCGCAAGGUUGCUGAGGAGAAGGAGCUGCGCGAAGGCUGGAAGCCCAAGGUUUACAAGGACCGGUGAAUGCGGCCCGUUCACGUAGGGCACUCAGUUCGAGUUCUUCAGCCUUGACUGAUUGCUCUCGGGCUGCCUCUCGGAGAUCCUGCGUUUUCGAUUGAUUCAGGCUUGACUCAUCAAUAUAUGGUCGAAGCAGUCGCGCCGACCAUUCUAAGCCCAUUAGCGAUCUCGUCGACCUCCUUUCUUAUCCCUCUCGGUUUUCGCGGCAUAGCAUGGCGUUUUGGUGAUUCCAACACUCAGAUUGGAAAGAAUUCUAGAUUCUUAAAUUUAUAUGGCGGGUUGCAUCUCAGCGGGGCAGAUGAACUCGGGAAGUGCGAGGUGGGCAUAUCAGAGCUAGGG